CUUGUUUCCAGAGAUUUCAUCAUUCUCUUGUGGUUGCAGUUCACCGGUCCAUGCUUCUUCUCCGCAGCGCUGCAUCAGCUCUGCUGAGGACCACCACUGAGAUUUCCUCCCUCCGUCCGCUAUUCACGGCCCGUUUCGUCCGGCUGUCGCUCCACCAUCCGCCCGGAAGAAGGCAGUUUUCAGCGUCUGUCUCCCUGUGUAAUAAGAAGCAGAGAAGCCUCUGGCUGCAGCUCAAGGAAGGACAAACCAUGGGGGACGGCAACUUUGAGGAGAUUCUCGCCCCUUUGAGGCAGGCAGUCAAAGAACAGGGGGACCUGGUGCGCAAAAUGAAACAGGAAGGAGCUCCUGAUGUGGAUGUGACCAAAGCCGUGGCAGAAUUGAAAGCAAGGAAGAGGACUUUAGAGGCCAAGGAGCUGUCGCUGCAACCCAAAGAUGAUAUUGUUGACAGAACCAAGAUGGAGGACACCCUGAAGAGGCGGUUCUUCUAUGAUCAGGCCUUUGCCAUCUAUGGAGGUGUGAGCGGCCUGUAUGACUUUGGCCCUGUUGGCUGUGCCCUGAAGAACAACAUCCUGCAGGUGUGGAGGCAGCACUUCAUCCAGGAGGAGCAGAUCCUGGAGAUCGAUUGCACCAUGCUGACUCCUGAGCCUGUGCUCAAGACAUCUGGACAUGUGGAAAAGUUUGCAGACUAUAUGGUGAAAGAUGUCAAAAAUGGCGAAUGCUUCAGGGCUGACCACCUUCUGAAAGCUCAUCUCCAGAAGCUCAUGUCUGAUAAGAAAUGUGCAGCUGAGAAAAAGGCAGAGAUGGACAGUGUCAUCACUCAGUUGGACAACUACUCCCAACAAGAGCUGACGGACCUUUUUGUGAAAUACAACGUCAAGUCUCCCACCACAGGAAAUGAGCUCACCGCUCCAAUCUCCUUCAACCUGAUGUUUCAGACAUCCAUCGGACCAGGAGGGAAUAUGCCGGGCUAUCUGAGGCCUGAAACUGCUCAGGGAAUCUUCCUCAACUUCAAGCGCCUCCUAGAGUUCAACCAGGGGAAACUUCCCUUUGCCGCUGCUCAGAUCGGAAACUCCUUCAGGAACGAAAUCUCUCCUCGCUCUGGACUCAUUCGGGUUAGGGAGUUCACCAUGGCUGAGAUCGAGCACUUCGUGGACCCAAAUGAGAAGAUCCAUCCUAAAUUCUCCAGCGUGGCAGACCUGGACAUCAUGUUGUACUCAUCCAAAGCCCAGACAAGUGGCCAGUCAGCCCAUAUCAUGAGGCUGGGAGACGCUGUGGAACAAGGAGUGAUUAAUAACUCUGUCCUGGGAUAUUUCAUUGGGAGGAUCUACCUCUACCUUACGAAAGUCGGUGUUGCCAAAGAUAAGCUGCGUUUCCGACAGCACAUGGACAACGAGAUGGCUCACUACGCCUGUGACUGCUGGGAUGCUGAAACCAAGACCUCCUAUGGUUGGAUUGAGAUCGUGGGCUGCGCUGACCGGUCUUGUUACGAUCUGAAGUGUCAUGCAAGAGCCACAAAGGUCCCUCUGGUUGCCGAGAAACCUCUGAAAGAGCCUAAAACCGUUAAUGUCGUCCAGUUUGAGCCCAACAAAGGAGCUAUUGGGAAGGCUUAUAAAAAGGAUGCCAAGUUGGCGAUGGAAUACCUGGCGGUGUGUGACGAAUGCUUCAUUGCAGAGCAGGAACAGCUGCUGAAUGAUAACGGAGAGUUCACAAUCGAGACUGAAGGGAAGACCUUUACACUCACAAAGGACAUGGUCGGAGUGAAGAGAUUCCAGAAGACCUUGCAUGUGGAGGAAGUUGUUCCCAGUGUCAUUGAGCCCUCCUUUGGCAUCGGUAGAAUCAUGUACACCAUCUUUGAACACACAUUCCACAUCAGAGAAGGCGAUGAGCAGAGAACGUACUUUAGCUUCCCUGCGACUGUAGCUCCGUACAAAUGUUCUGUCUUACCUCUGAGCCAAAACCAAGAGUUCAUGCCUUUCGUGAAGGAGCUAUCCGAGGCCAUGACCAAAAACGGCGUGUCGCACAAGGUGGAUGACUCCUCCGGAUCCAUUGGGAGGCGCUAUGCUAGGACAGACGAGAUCGGCGUGGCAUUCGGCAUCACCAUUGACUUUGACACGGUGAACAAGACGCCUCACACGGCCACACUGAGGGACCGUGAUUCAAUGAGGCAGAUCAGGGCUGAGGUUGACAAGUUGCCGGUUAUUGUUCGCGAUUUGGCCAACGGCACCCUGACCUGGGCAGAAGUGGAAAGCGAGUAUCCCAUCUUUGAAGGGCAGGAGACGAGUAAAAAGGACACGAUUGAGGAGUAGAGCUCGCAUUUCCUUUGCAAGCAGCUCCGUAAAUAUUUCAGACUCAAUGCAAACGCACCACCAAGAAGAAUCCUGCAGUUAUGUCGCAAUGAGCCACACGGGUGGACCAAUCCCACUUCAAUCACUGAAAUGUUGUUUGUCUAAGAGUCGAGGCAACUCCUGCACAGGACGUCUUCAGUGAACAACUUUGCAUCCAUGUUUGACAGUUUGUUCUUUCAAAAGGGAGAAAAAUGUAAUCAGGGUAUCAGUGGAAGACUUCCACUGUUCAAGUUUUCAGCCAGAAUGGAUCGAUAUUUAACAAGUUGAAAUAAAAGCAGCCAGCACUUCCUGGACA